AUGCUUGCAGCGCCCCUCACUCCCCGUGCCCCGAGCCCUGCGGUGCCCCUCACUCCCGACCCGCAGCGCCCCUGGCGGUCGGUCUCCCUGUGCUGGGUGCAGCUGGCCUGGCAGUCACGUGAUUUCAGGGAAAGGGAGUGGAGCCUCAGAGGAACCCGGGCGGGGGCCAGGCCGGGCUGCGCCGGGCGGGGUUGGGCCAGGCCGGGGCAGAGGGACAGGACACCCGCGCAGACAGAGCGACGGGCGGGCACUGCCAGGAUGGCGUUGAGUCAGGUGCGCUCCACACGGCGCCUGCGGCAGUGGGUGCUGGAGCAGCUGGCCAGCGGGCAGUUCCCAGGGGUGGUCUGGGACGACCCCCCCGACUGCACCAUGUUCCGCAUCCCCUGGAAGCAUGCGGGGAAGCAGGAUUUUCGGGACGACGAGGACGCCGCCUUUUUCAAGGCGUGGGCACAAUUCAAGGGCCGGGGGGGGCCGGGCAAUGUGGGAGGCCCGGCUGCUUGGAAGACACGGCUGCGCUGCGCCCUCAACAAGAGCCCCGAAUUUGAGGAGGUACCGAAACGCUCCCGCCUUGAUGCCACAGAGCCUUACAAAGUGUACCGCCUCCUGCCGGUCGGCACUCACCCCGCAAGCAAGACCCCUCGGCGAGGAGCCCGGCAGGCGAAGGGAGGGUGCUCAGACCCCAACCUGGCUCUAGCAGGAGGCACGGUGGCUCUAGCAGGAGGCACGGGGGGGCCCACCCUCAACACGGUCACCCUGGACCAGUGUCCGGAGGAGCCCACGGCUGAUGGUUCCCGCAGCUCCGAGGACUCUGGCAUCGACGCCUGUAAGCCUGACCUGGACCCUGGCACCCCAUCCCCAAGCCUGACGGAGACCAGCUUUGAUGUCACCCUGGAGCUAUCCUCCAUGCCCCUGGGGCUCCAGCCACUGGCCCCCCAGGCACUGCGGCUGGUACUGCUGUACAGCGGGGCGUGCGUGCACCAGACCUGGCUGCCGCCCGGCGAGUUCCUGGUGACGCCAGCACCUGGGGAGGGGCUGCUUCCCCGUGUAGCCCUGCCGCCCGCCACCCCAGCCACUGUGCCGGAUGCCCAGCGCCGCCAGGCCACUGCUGCCCUGCUGGCCAAGCUGCAUCGAGGGCUCCUGCUCAGCAGCAGGACUAAGGGAAUCUAUGUGCAGCGCCGGGCACGCGUGCCCUUGGGCUGGGCCAGGGCCCCUGCCAUCGACCUUGAUGGCCCCGUGCACCUCUUCAGCGCCCAGGACUUCCGCCACGCUCUGGAGCAGCACCAGCAGGGCCUGGGCCCAUGCCCUGAGCACUGCGUCACCCUGUGCCUGGGUGAGGAGUUGGCACCCCACGAUCAGCCCCAAGACAAGCUCAUCACCCUCCAGAUGGAGCAGGCUUUUGCCUUGGAGCUGCUGAAGCUGCCCAUGGUGACAGAAGAGCCCUCCUGCCUCAUUAGCCUGCCCUGAGGACACCCUGGCAGCUGCCAGUGUGCUGGGGGGACGGGACUUCCUGCUUCACCAGUGGUCAGUGGAGGACAACUAGACGCACUUCCUGUUUUUCCAUGACAAGGGGGACAUCUUUUGACUUCUCUGGGACCUGUUGGGGAGGGCUCUUCCUGUCCUGCCUGGUUGAGAGUGGGACAUACUCUUUGGUGCAUGGGGGAAAGGAGGGACUUCCUGGGCCUAACUGACCCACUUCCACUUCCUUGUUUCUUCUAUUCAUUUCCUGAGACGUGGGAAUUGGGACAUGUUAGGGCAGGUCUUCCUUUCUAGCAACAGAAUGGGGCAGGGCACUCCCCCCCCUCCCCCAAUACACUCUUCUCCUCCCCCUGUGGGACAGGUGUCUUCUUUUUGGGAACUGGAAAUAUAACCCUAACGUAGGGGCAGGACUUCCUGUCCUGCUGCCUUCAGAAGAAUGAGACUUUCUACUUUGCAAACACUUUAGGAGGGACCACUUAGGUAGUUUAAUUACAGAGAGGUCAUGCUUCCUGUUUGCAGCAGUCUUGGGGGUGGGACUUCCUGUUUUGCCCCGGCACUGCUGGCAUUUCCUGUGGCAAAUGAAGCAAGCCCUGUGGAUUCUGCCUGCCAUCCCCGCCAUGUUGCCUGCAGAAAUGUUUUGAAAGCACAAGUCUCCCCGCAUUCCCCCCAGAAAUCACUUUUUGGGGCUUCCUACACUCGUGGCACUUUAUCCUCCGGUGUGGACCCUUUGUCGCUGUACCGUUUUCUAAUAAAGCUUAACCAAAUUUGUCUCA